UCGCGGGUUGCUUUAUCGGCACCGUUUGUUUCCGUACUCUUGUAACUUUUCGCUAUCUUGAAAAUGCACAGUAACGUGUUCCUUCAGUUAUUCUUAAUCACUCUAGUGCUCACGAUGGUCUACAACGAACUUUAUGAAGGAAGCAAAUGUUUGCUGGAAAAUGGUAAUGCAGGUAUCUGCAAGAAGUUACCCGACUGUUCACCCAGGAUGAAAGAAGUGCUAGAGGGGAAAAGGCACGCGACUUCAACGGGUAGGUGCGGAUUCGACGACUUUGAAGAGAUCGUUUGUUGCCCUCUGAAUAUCACGGAGAAGAUAGUUCCUCGUCUAGCGGAAGCUGCUUGCCAGCAAUACGACAACGAGAUUACGCCAGACGACGUGAAAGCGCUUGAUUUGUCUUUUCACAUAUAUGGCGGAACUGAAGCUCAGUCCGGUGAGUUUCCGUACAUGGUGACUUUAGGGUACAAAAAUAACGACACCAGCGACGAUCCAUCACCUAUCAAGUACAACUGCGGAGGUAGCUUGAUAUCUUCUCAACACGUAUUGACGGCGGCACAUUGUGCGAAUAAUAUACACGAAAGAGUACCUGUCGAAGUACGAUUGGGAAACGAAGAUAUGCGGAAUGUUACAAACGUGCAACGAAUCCAGAUAAGCGAUAUAAUGUAUCAUCCGGGAUUUAAACGUAGUACGAAUUACAACGAUGUAGCUAUCCUGAAGCUGAAAACGCAGGUGCAGCUUUCGAAAACAGUUAAGCCUAUCUGCCUUCAAACGAAAUCCUUAGGCAUCAUUAGUAUAACACCUAGAACACCUUUAGUAGCGAUUGGAUGGGGCGCUACAAGCUUCGAAGACGAAAAUUCCAAACCCGACAAGUUGCUGAAGACAUCUGGUCUUAGUCUCGUGGACAAAGAAGAAUGCGACAAACACUACAAAGGACAUCGGAAAUUACCACGCGGUAUCGACGACAGUAUGAUUUGCACCAGAGACACCAACAGCAGCAGAAGAUCUGACGCGUGUGGAGGAGAUAGCGGAGGGCCGUUAUUAAUGUUAACCGAAAGUGGAGAUAGCGUAAUUGGAAUUACCGCGUUCGGACAAUUUUGCGGUUCAUCAGCUCCUGGUGUUUAUACAUCGGUUUAUCACUACUUAGAUUGGAUCGAGGAACAAGUGUGGACGGGUAGCGAGCAGGAAUCGAAGGAAGAGACGAAAACGAGGAAAGAGAAGGAAACGAAGGCCGUGAAAACGGAGUUCAUUAACUUCACGAUCACGUACGAAUGA